GGCACAGGUAUGCAUCUACGCAUGCAUACACAAAUUGGCAGCAGCUUCCUCUGUUCUGUGUUCCAUGCAUGCGUCUAAACUUGUGCAGGGCCUGCGUACGCGUAUGUAUGCUUGAUGCGAAUGUGUUUCCCCGCUUCCUCGACUUCACUGCGAGCGUUUCGGUGAAGCGCGAGCUUCUGUCGACUGCAGCUCUGGCGAGGCUGCUCGGAGCUGAGGAUUGUCUCCCGCGUUUCUCCUUCUCUUCUGUCCUGCCCUUGCACAAGAGCAAAGACCCUGUUCUUUACGUCAAACGAAACACUGAGCUUCCCCUGUUGCCGGCCUUCCGGGAUGCUCCAGGUUUCUCCGUGGAAAAUGUUUAGAACUUUGACGCUCUGAGGCGAGGCACUCGGUAUGGACGAGAGGUGGGUCUCCACGUUUGGAGAGAAAACACGGAAGUCAAAAAACGGGGAACAGGAGAAACGCGAAGACGGGUCGCGGCCUUCGAAGACAGCGCGCGCCACCGUGUGCUUUCGCGUACCCUGCUGCGGUGUGCAUUCGCGUGGAGCAGACGGCCUGUGUCGCGGAGAAGAAAGUGCAGGUUCUCGUCGAAGAGAAAGCGGAGCCUUCGCGAAACAAUUCUGGCGAGUCUCGCGCGUCUUCUCUCGCGAAAAAGCUGCUUUCGCGAGCCACAGGCGCAACUGAGGCGGGCGGCCUGCCUUGACGCGGUGUCUGUACACUCCAACCGUGUUUUCCCCUGGGAGACGCUGUUGAGUCUUUGUUCGCCUCCGUUUCUCGCGCUCUUUGUGUGCCUUUUUUUUCUCGCGUUUUCUUUUUCAAAAGCGCACGGUUCUCGCUGCGUCGUUGGAACUUGAAUUUCGAGGAAGUCGACCUGCAGCCAAGUCACUCGAGACGACACGACGCAACGCCCCGCGCACCUGCGCCGUCUGCGAGCAAGCGCGUUUCUCGUUUUCGUGGGCGGAAUCGCUCUUGCCCAUUGAGUUCUUUUUCCCCCGAGACUCUCAGGCCUCCUUCCUCGUUUUGUGGCAAAACUGUGAGGUGCCAGACAGAAAAAGCCAGCUGCGUUUGCUCUUCCCGGUGGGGCGCGGACUUCUCUGCGAACUCCCGUCUCUUUCUUUGAUUUCUGGGCUCUCGCCUUGCUCUCCUCUCUGUUUCGACUGCUUUCUCUCUUGUUUCCCUCGCUUCGUCUCCUGAUCUAGUUUCCUCCGUGCAGUCGUUCGUUUCUCUGCGCGUUUUUUCGCGUCCUGCGGCGUGUCUGCUCUCUGCGCUGCUGCUUCUUGGUGGCCAGUUGGAUGCGAGGGAGGAGCAUCCGUCUUUUUCCUUUCGCGAGUACGAAGGAAAGAAAGUUUUGUUCGUCUCUGCUUUCUUCCUCUGAGCUGCCAGACGUCUUGCCGGACCUCCUCCCCCUCUGUGCUUCUGCGUUUUUCUUGGUCUCCUUCCGCGCUUCUCUUCUCUGGUCGUCUCCGUCCCCGUUUCCUCUGCUUUGUUCAGGUUCGGCUGCUUCCUGUCGCAUCGAUGGACGACGGGAGACAGGGCCGACCUCGGGGGCGUUCCCCAGGGAAGCCGUGAGGACCGUCCUUUCCUUUUUCUUCGUUCUCUCUCGGUCUUCCGUACUCCUUUCUUUCCUGUCCGUCUCUCGUGUCUCUCGCAAAGACGCACCGAGAAGCGUCGUCUGUGGCCGUGAGUGCGUUGAACACACCGCCUCGUGUGUACGUACACCGAAGCGUCAGCGCGAGGCUGCGGGAACGUCUGGCCUUUCACCUGCUGUUCUUUUUUCUGAAGUGGAUCGGGACUUCAGGGAAGAACGAGUUCUGACGCAUCUUCUCGCGCUCAUCUCGCACGGGUGUGUCUGCAACGGAGAUGCGCUCGAGGCGGAUCGCAGAGACAACAGACGCCACGAAGUCGAUCCUCGCUUUCUUCUUCUCUUCCUCUUCUCUUUCUCUUCUCUUCCUCUUCUCUUUUCUCUUCUCCUCCUCUUCUCUUUUCUCUCUUUCUUUCUCUUUUCUGCUCUGUUGCUCGCGCGGUGUCUGCCUCUGCUGGAGUCUGGUCUCGCCUGAGGUCGCGUUUCUCCCGCAGAAGUUGAGUCGGUCUCUCCUCCAGAUCUCUUCUUGCACUGAAGAUGGGGGCGUACUUGUCCGCUGCGGACUCCUCGAAGGAGACGACGAGUGGUGUGUGUACAGCGAUGAAUCUCCGAUGGAGCACAUGCAGCAUGCAGGGCUGGCGCGUCAGCAUGGAGGACUCGCACUUGGUUCUCUACGCGAAGACUUGCCCUCGUCUCGCCCAAGCCUCCCUCGGCGCCGACCGCGAAGCGCCCGUCCGCGACUCUUCGGGCCCCAAGCGCCUCGGGCUCGAAGCGGAGACACCCGCGGAGUCGCCCCCGCGCGCCUCUUCGGGCCCCAAGCGCCUCGGGCCCGAAACGGAGACACCCGCGGAGUCGCCCGUCCGCGCCAGCUCGCGCGCCUCCCAGCCCCGGAGCCCCUCCGCCGAAGGCCCCACGGGCGCCUCCGCCUCCGCUUCGGGCCUUCUGGGCUCCAGCGCCCUGGCGGUGGGGCCCGACGAGAAGAUCUACUUCCAGUGGGGCGAGGCGACGAUGGUGAAGCGACUCGGUCGCGCCCAGAGACGCUCCAGCGGAACUGUGGGCGGCAUUCCUGUCGGAGCCUCAGUGGAGGUGAACGCUGAGGAGGAGGAGAAGGCUGUCUUCAGAGGAGAAGAGGAAGAGAAACGUAAGAACGGAGUCUGUCGAGGAGGCGCCGCGCGCAGAAGCUUCCGCCGGAGGCGCCGGUCGUCUGCAGGCGAGGAGGAGAAGGGGAUCGCGGAGGAGGAAGACGCGAUUCCGGAGGACGUCGAAACCGGAGACGUAAAGCUCGCUCUCUUCGCUGUAUUCGACGGCCAUGGCGGCGCCCAUGUGGCGAGAUUCGCGGCGGAACGCCUGCCGCAAGCCUUGCUGGCGCAGGACGGCUUUCGAAAGGGUCACUACGGCGCGGCACUGCGGGGCGCGUACUUGGAGGUCGACGAGCAGUUGCGCGAGGCUUCUUGCCAAGAAGAACUGCAUCACCUCGCCCACCAUCCCUCCACGCAUCGCCUGAGACUGGAGCAGAACGCCCUCGUCUUGGGCUCGAACGGAUCCUUCUCUCGCCGCCUCAAUCGUCUCUCUGGAAGCGGCCUCGUCAACCGGACCUUCUCCUUCGGGGGCUCGCUGGGCGAAGGCGACAAACGCGGCGGAUCCGAAACCCCAGAAGAGGCGCCCGAACGCGGAGUCUCCCGACCCGCGAGCUGGGAGCCCAACGCGCCGGUGCGCGAGGCGGCGGAGAAGCCUGAAGAGCUCGCGGACAGUGCGGAGCGCGCGAGGCACGAGGAGACAGCGGAGACACCCUCAGAAGCGUGUGGGGGGUCGGCGGGAGCGACGGCGUUUGAUUCCGAAAGCUCCUCCGACGGCUUCUUCAUACCUCAGCCGCGAAGCCCCGCAGCAGGCGUCGCCGGAGGCGCGGACGCGUCGCAGAGAAGGUCCUGCCCGCGCCUGCGCCUCUUCGAGUCUCCGGAGCACCGCGCGCCCGACGAAGCGCCUCCCGGUGUGUUUCUUGGUGGAGACAGGAGCGAUUCGAGAGGAGACGCAGAGAUUCCUGGGGCUCCUGAGGAGGUUGCUGUCGCUGCUGCGCCGGCCUUCCCUCCCGCAGAAAUGAUCGCGGCCAGAGAGGGAACAGUCUCGGCAGACCGGAGCAGCUCUUCCAGUAGGCCGGGAGCGAGAGAGACUGCGCAUGCGGGGUCUCUCCAGCCGAGCCGAGCUAGGGGCUUUCGGGCGUCCUUCGCGGGCCUCCUGGAAGCCGUGAGGAACUCUUUAAAUGUGGGGAGAUUCUUCAGGGCAGGUGCAGGGAACGCGCAGAAUCCGUUAAAGUCACUUGCGAGUCUCGCCGGAUGCACCGCCAUCACUGUCUUCGUCACGCCUUCGUGGAUUAUCGUCGGAAAUGUCGGAGAUUCAAGGUGCGUGCUUUGUCGAGGCGACGAGGCGGUGGAGCUUUCACGAGAUCACAAGCCUCAACUUCCUGAAGAAAGAAUUCGAAUCUACGCGGCAGGGGGGUACUUGGAAAUGGGUCGCGUAAACGGCAACUUGAAUUUAAGUCGCGCUCUGGGGGACCUUGUCUACAAACAAGACUCGACUUUGCCACCCGAAAAACAGAUCGUCUCUGCAGUCCCCGACGUCGUCAGUGUACACAGAGACGCGGCGAGAGACGAGUUCCUUAUCAUCGGCUGCGAUGGCAUUUGGGAACUGCUGAGCUCUCAGGAGGUAGUCGACUUCAUUCGAAAGCGCAUCGAGGAGACGCCGGAUUUGUCUCAGAUCCUGCAGGAUCUCUUGGACAGUCUGCUGUCUCCGAACCCAGCCGUGUUCGAGUAUGGGUGCGACAACAUGACGGCGAUUCUGGUCGAUCUAAAACCUAAUAUGCGGAGCUACCGGUCGUCGACGAUGGACUCAGGUUCCCAGAUUUCUCGUCUGCACUCUUUUAGGCGACGAGGGAGUUCCGUCGCGACUCUCGCGGCCUCCACGUCGAGGCUGAAGGAGGCGGACUGUUGCGCAGAAGCCGUCUCUUCCGCGAAUCCGACCUCUUCUUCUUGGUCGCCUUCCUCUGCUUCGUCCUUCGAGAGACACGAGCGAGAGGAGUUGCCGCCUCUGCGUAAGCAGGUGAUGUGCGUACGCCAAGUCGAGGAAACAGAGCGAGAGACAGGACCUGGAGGUGACCAGCUGAAGAAAGACGACGCGUCACCGGCGGAGGCCGGACAGCUGCGGGGACGAGAAGAGGGAGAGGGCGACGCUGCGGCUGGCGAGACGCAGGCAGAGACAGACGGCGGAGCGUAAAUAAGGAAGGGGGAACUGGGCGUUGUCAUUUGAAGGAGAGACUGCACGCGGUCAAGUUCGCAGGAGAAAGCAGACGAACGGAGUCCCCACCAGUGGACGGAGAGAAACGACUCGCGCGUCUUUGUUGUGGGUCGAGUCAAGGCACCGAGUCGGCAGUCUGACUCUUUUGCGAGAAGAAACCGACGCAUGAGCUGCAAUGCGAACAUGAGAGAGCAGGCGCAGUCAAGGAAACAGCGACGUUGGAGUACGAAAGCGGAGGUUUCCGGCCCGCAGCGGGGAAGAACAGAGUGUGGAGAGAUCCACGGCGUGCCAUCGUUCACGGUCUCGCGUAGCCGCUCUGCUCCAGUGAAAAAAAAUGUCCACUGGAUGAAGAACGGCAGUGAAGGACUCCGAUCUGAUUUUUUAAAACGCAGUCCGAGUCCGCAGCGACAGAACAUGUCUUGUGAGGACAAUAGGAGUCCGCCUGAUUCACCGGAAAACCACUCCGCUCCCGGGCAUACGUUCGCGCGUCGCCAGUCCUCGCAGUUCAGAUGUGGACUCGAGAUCUUCCCUUUCUGUGUCUCUAUGUCUUAGAAAGGCUUCAGACGACACUCCGCGGGAAGCGGAAACGCCUUUCAAGCACCGUUCACCCUCACAGAAAAGCACACCAGGGACGCUAGCUUCCCGGCGAUUCAGUCCUUUCUUUGGGGAAACACACUUCAGUUCUCGACGCCCAUGUUCUCUUAAAGAACGAGGUGCCAUGCGACCUAACCAGUAACUGAAAGCGGUCUCUCACAGAACCUGCAGUGUCCGUCGCUUGCCACUCCAGAGCCGCUUGCAGACAGCGACGUGUGGGGGAUUCGACUUUCUGAGAACUGACGCGACAUCCGACUUCUUGUACUUUCAGAGAAUUCUCUCAGUCCAGCCUUCGUCGCAGUUUUCUUCGAGAAACAGGGAACUUGAGGAACUAAACAAACGCUUUUUCGAGUUCUCAGUGGACACGGAAGUCUCUUUCCCUUCCACGUGCUUGCCAUGUGUGGCGGCGUCUUAUCUUAGGGGAAGAAAACGAGGUUCUACAGCUACAGGGUACACUGUCACACAUUCAGUGUUUGAGUCUGCAUGUCGCUUAAGAACGACCUCGUCUUUGAGGUGCGAAAUAAGCGACGGAUACUAAAUGGGCACCUGUGAAGAACUCGUCUUCAGCACAACGGUUGACGCGCAGCGUACGGAAACCACGGUAUUCCGCUGGGACCUGUCUAACUAGUUGUUGGCCGCUGGCAAAAACGCCUCCUCCACUCGUGGUUCGUGUGAAACGCGUUGGCUGUUGCACAGCACCUUGUGCGAUCUGUUGAACUCUACGCGAAAAAGCGAAAUCGCAGUCGGCCUGCGACGCCGACACCUGGAAUACCGGCAAGUCCUUUCAACCGUUUACAAGGAAAGAGACCGACACAGGCGUGUGUCCACGUUUCUGAAACUCUGUCGCGGGUGUGGCGGCUCCUGCAGAUAAAGGAAGCAAGUAAGGUUUGUCGGUGAAGCAAUCGGAUGUGGUUUUCAGAGUUGUCUGCUGACUCCCCUUCCACACACCUGGAAAAGAUGUAUUUAAGUGUGAGGAGGAGAGAUACACAGAGCGAUAUCAACGCCACAGAAGGCAAGACACAAUGCAGUACAGAGCAGCAAGGAGCUGAAAUACGCGCGGGAACCGACACUGGUGGCUGUUCUCCUGGGCUGACGACGAGCCGUGAAGUCAGGACAGACUCCGACCGACGGGGCUGAUCGUGGGUGCCUCUGACCAGUUGUGUUCUCUU